AUGCCUUCUCCUCACUUGGAGUCAGGCAUCCUCUCCAGUGCAAACUCACUCCUGACUCCCACAUCACCCAAACACAUCCCAGCAAUCAGGAGGAUCCAAGUAAACAAGACCUUCUAUGAGGUGUUCAAUGUAUUAUUCUUGAGCACAGGCUUUCUAGGAAGGGGUACUGUUUGUUACCUUGCAUGCUACAAUGGGGAAUACUAUGUCAUCAAGGAUUAUUGGGUGGAGGAGUCAGAGCGGAGGACAGCCCUGCAUGAAGUCAACAUGAUGAAGCUGGUCCAGGACAUUGAUGGAGUUCCCAAGUUGCAACACUACUGGGUUGUUGAGGUCAAGCCAGGCAUUGUUGAUAAAACUGAAUGA